AUGGCCAAGUCUUAUAUUAGCUACAACCAGAUUCACCAAUCGAUCCGUGAUGCUGUUGAACGGUACAAGAUCAACUCUGAAUUCAAGCCUGAUCUCAUGAUUACUAUCACUGGUGGUGGUUUGGUGCCUAGCCGUAUUCUUCGUACCUUCUUGGAUAAGCGCAAUGAUCGCAACGUCCCCAUCCAAGCUAUUGGUUUGUCGUUGUACGAGGAGAUCGAGGCCGAUCAAGCUGCUGGUGGCACUGGCGAGAAUAUCGAAGUUCGCAAGACCCAAUGGUUGAACUUGCCCGAGCAAAUGUCUCUUCUCAACCGCAACAUUUUGCUUGUUGAUGAAGUCGAUGAUACUCGCAAGACCCUUGCCUAUGCUGUGGAUGAAUUGAUCAAGGACAUUCAAGCCGAAGAGGUGCGUCAAGGUAUGGAACCUGGUUCAUCCGAUACCAAGCUCGGUGUUUUCGUUCUCCACAACAAGCUCAAGCCCAAGAAGCGUGAAUUGCCUGAUCACAUCAUGAAGAACUACUUUGCUUGUGUUGAUUUGCCCGACAAGUGGCUCGUGUAUCCAUGGGAUGCUAUUGACAUUGAAGAACACACUGAAUUGUCAAAGUCCCCCUCCCCUAAAUAG